ACAGUUCAUCUACAUCCAGCUAGCUUAACAACCCACAAAAGAUGUUUAAAUUCACAAUUAUGAUUGUCGUUAGCAUGACUUGCCAAGCUAUGGCUGGAAGUCCAUCAUUUUCAACAACCACAGGCCAACCAACAUCAACACCAGUUCCAAAAUGUAUUUCUUGUGUGGAAGUCUUCAAAAAUGGCAAUGCCUUAUCGCCAACAAAUUGUGAUCCAGGAACAAGCCCAAAAGUAAUUGUGACAAUAACUUAUAUAGGAGGUAAUGAUCCACCAGUAACUGGUGCUUGUACUGGUCCACAUGCAGGUGUGAUAACCACAGAUAGACAUGAUACAAUUGGCGAUGUAAACAUUGAUGACGGAAGCUUGUCAUUCCCUUAAUGAGCU